UCAAAAACUCGAUGAGUGAGCAAGUAAAGCUGAAGUUGAAGUUCAAGCCUUGAAGGAAGCCCAAAUCAAAUUACAGGCUGAAAGUGAAGCUAGUCUUCUUCAGUACCAGGAAUGCUUGGAGCAAAUAUCUAAUCUGGAGAAAAAUAUUUCUUCUUUGCAAAAGGAAGCAGGAGAACUUAAUGAACGAGCUACUAAAGUUGAAACUGAGACUGAGUCCCUAAAGCAGGAACUUGCUAGAGUAGAAGCUGAAAAGGAAGCUACCCUUGUUCAAUAUAACCAGUGCUUGGAGACAAUAUCAAAACUGGAGGAGAGAAUAAAAGAAGUUGAGGAGAAUGCAAGAAGAUUAAGGAGCAUGCCGAUAUAGUAGAAAAGGAAAUCGAAGCUUUGGAAUUACAAGUUACUAAACUUAAUGAAGAAAAGGAAGAUGCUGCUCUCCACUAUCAGCAAUGCAUGGAGAUAAUUUCCAGUUUGGAGUAUAAGCUCUCUUGUGCUGAAGAGGAGGUGCAUAGGCUAAAUUCCAAGAUAAUUGAUGGGGUUGAAAAGUUACAGAGUUCAGAACAGAAAUGUCUUCUCUUGGAGACAUCAAAUCACACUCUACAGUCAGAAUUACAAUCUUUGGCACAAAAAGUGGGGUCUCAAAGUGAAGAACUUAAUGAGAAGCAGCAGGAAUUGGGUAGACUUUGGGCUUGCAUACAAGAGGAGAGACUGCGAUUCAUUGAGGUUGAAACUGCUUUCCAAACUCUUCAGCAGUUGCAUUCUCAGUCUCAGGAAGAGCUUAGAUCUCUUGCUUCUGAACUUAACAGUAAAGUGGAAAUAAUGGGGAAUGUGGAAUCUCGUAAGCAGGCUUUAGAGGAUGAAGUACACAGGGGUUGACCUUUGCCAUCAGGCAUAUGAUGAUGAUGACUAUGAAGGAAGUUUUUGUGACAACCCUUUGCUGGAGAAGACUUCAAAUGAAUCAAAUUUAGCAAGCAUAGAUAGCCAUAGAAAGUGAUUUCCUUUUCGGUUUGGUCGUGUUGGAAAUCGGCAAAAGAUUGUGAUUUUGGUAUGGGGAACGAAUGUUUCUUAUGUAGUUUUGAUUUUUACACUAUCAUUUUCACCUUGAUUUUUUCAAUUGUCUAAUAAUUUGCUUUACAAUGUAUUUCCUUUGUGUAUAAUGACUCGUGAUUUUCCAGGUUACUUUGCUAGUUU